UCACACUCGGUUCCUUUUUUUUCUUUUUUUCUUUUUUUCCUUCAUUUUCUCGAGAAACCCUAACGAAAUUUUCUCGGGAACCAAACAGAAGGCACACCGUCCGAUUCUCUUGAAAAAUGCAGCACCAGAGGCUGAAGCAGCAACAGCAGCAACAACAACAAGCUUUAAUGCAACAAGCCAUUCUUCAACAACAAUCUCUCUACCAUCCCGGCCUCUUAGCCGCUCCUCAGAUUGAACCAAUCCCAAGUGGAAAUCUGCCUCCUGGUUUUGAUCCAAGUACAUGCCGCAGUGUGUAUGUUGGAAACAUCCAUACUCAGGUGACAGAACCUCUUCUCCAAGAGGUUUUUUCAAGUACUGGUCCUGUUGAAGGCUGCAAGCUUAUUAGGAAGGAAAAGCAGUCGUCAUAUGGAUUUAUUCACUAUUUCGAUCGCAGAUCUGCCGCUAUGGCUAUACUUUCUCUUAAUGGGAGGCAUCUAUUUGGGCAGCCAAUCAAAGUUAAUUGGGCAUAUGCCAGCGGGCAGAGAGAAGAUACAUCAGGUCAUUUCAACAUUUUUGUUGGAGAUCUCAGCCCCGAGGUUACUGAUGCCACAUUGUAUGCAUGCUUUUCUGUUUAUCCCAGUUGUUCAGAUGCAAGAGUUAUGUGGGAUCAAAAGACUGGGCGCUCUAGAGGAUUUGGGUUUGUUUCCUUCAGAAACCAGCAGGAUGCCCAAAGUGCAAUAAAUGACCUAACUGGUAAGUGGCUUGGCAGUAGACAGAUACGAUGCAACUGGGCGACAAAAGGUGCUGGUUCCAAUGAUGACAAGCAGAGCUCUGAUGCUAAAAGUGUGGUGGAGUUAACAAAUGGCUCUUCAGAAGACGGUAAAGAGACAACAAAUAACGAGGCUCCUGAGAAUAACCUACAAUAUACUACUGUUUAUGUUGGAAAUCUUGCUCCAGAGGUCACACAGCUUGAUCUCCACCGCCAUUUCCAUGCUCUUGGUGCUGGAGUGAUUGAAGAGGUCCGGGUCCAGCGAGAUAAAGGUUUUGGUUUUGUCAGAUACAGUACUCAUGCCGAGGCAGCUCUGGCCAUCCAGAUGGGGAACACCCAGUCAUAUCUGUAUGGGAAGCAGAUAAAGUGUUCUUGGGGCAGCAAGCCUACACCACCUGGAACAAGUUCAAAUCCACUUCCCCCACCUGCAGCUGCACCUUUACCAGGCCUUUCAGCGGCUGACCUUUUAGCUUAUGAGCGACAACUAGCUAUGAGCAAGAUGGGUGGUGUCCAUGCUGCCCUUAUGCACCCUCAAGGACAGCAUCCUCUCAAGCAGGCCGCAAUGGGAGUGGGUUCUGCUGGAGCAAGCCAGGCAAUAUACGACGGUGGGUUCCAGAGUGUUGCUGCCGCCCAGCAACUCAUGUACUAUCAGUAAUAAUUAUUAGAGUUUUUGUGGUAAUAGCCUUAUUUCCUGCAUUUGCAGGUUUUAUUUGAGUUUAAGAAUCUUUAGGAAGCUUUGUAUGUUUCUCCUUUUCUUUUUCUCUUUAUCGGGUGGUGAGGUUGUUACCCGCUCGCUUAUACCGUAUGGCUUUGUCAUUUGUAUGGAGAUAUGUAUGCUUCUGUUCUCUGCUUUGAGUGGUUAUGAAUAUGAUUGUUAGAGCAAAAUUGGGUUUAGUACUGAGAGUAGUUUGUCUUACGGUUUGAGUAUUUUGACAGUUGUAAUGUGAGAAUGUUAUCAAGAUCUAUUGGGGUUAUGUAGCUUUUGGGGUCUUUUAAUGGACCCUUUGUUUUUUUAUUA